CUACUCACUCCCCUUCAAGAUACCGAUGUCAAUUUAGUGCCAUGUCACUACGGAGUGUUGGUGGUGUCGGAUAGAUGGCAGACCCACUGGAAGACAUCCUGGCGUCCAUGGCUGCGGCUACAGGCAAUGCACCGCCGCCGCCUGCUGUUGUUCCACCAAUAAGUCAUGCAUCUUCGUCUUCUUCAGCCCAAAAGAAACGCGAACGUGAGCCGUCAUCGACACCUCCGUCGGGCAUCUGGAACCCGCUGGAGGAAAUGCCACUGUCCUCCACUGUGCUGCGCAAACUCGAAGACGCUGCCAGAACGCGCCCCGUCAACCCAGCGAUGGAGAUCGCGCGCCAGCAGACAGUGCGUGCAUUGUGCAAUAAAAUCCGUCGAGCCAGCGAGGACCUGGGAAUCGGGAAGCUGCCCAACUCGGCCUACGAGACGUGGCAGUUCACGUCGCAGCUCACAGUCAAGGAGCACGACCCGCUGAUCCCUCACGCUGGCAGUGACUACAGCGGCUUGUUUGAGGAGUUUCGCAAAGCUGGGGCCACCAAGUCGGGAGCCACCAAGAAGUGCAAGGAGCUGACACGCGAAUCCGAGCGAAUGCUGCGCAAAUUCGGUCAGCAGGACUUUGUAGCUGGAAAAAAGAAGAAGGUUCAAGUGACAGUGAUGGAGGACGGUAUGCGCCAAUUGACGUACGGCCACUUGACGGUGAAGCUAAGUGCGGACCAUUUCGCCAAGCUACGUGAAAUGUUCGCAAGGAAGCAGGGAUUGGGCGGCGACGGGUCAAACAUGGCCCUCGAAGUCCAACGCCAGUUUGAGAGCGCGCUGUUCUGCUUACUCCUACGAUAUGACUCGCUGGAUGGAGGAGGUUUCCAGGCUGCACUGAACGAAGAGUGCUUCGAUAUGCUACUGAAGGAAUUCGACUGCAAGAUGGAGUGCUUUGCGUCACCACUGAACUGCCGCUACUCGCGCUUUUGCAGUGCCUUCCUUGACACAGAUUUCGCGUUUGGAAGCGUGGGCAGCUUCUUCGACUUCUCACCUCGAUCUGGUUGCUUUGAAGCCAACCCACCAUUUAUCCCCAAGGUGAUCAAACGCAUGGCCGAUCACAUGACCGCUCUUCUCAAUGCAGCCGAUGGACCCUUGGCGUUUAUCGUCAUCAUCCCCGCUUGGCAAGAGACUGAGGGUUGGCAACAACUGAACGCGAGUCGUUUUAAUCAAAGGCACCUCCUCAUCCCGCAGAAGCAGCAUGGCUACUGCGAGGGCAAGCAGCAGAUCCGGAAGACCCGCUGGCGCAUUGCAUCGUUCGACACGAGUGUGUUCUUCUGGCAGAACUCCAAGGCUUGCAACAAGUGGCCUGUGACGGAGAAGAAACUCGAGAGCCUCAAGCUAGCCUUCAAGUCGAAGCAGGCCGACGAGCGCGACGCACUGGGUCUACGCAAGUCUGGCAAGCGGGUUCGAUCGGCGAAAGACUAGUGGAACGACACUUUCUUAUUAGACGCUUACGAUACUUGAUAGAAUAGAGGUUGCCGUCGAACUUGUCACUGACUCAAAACUGCUGCAACCAGAUAUUAAAAGGAAAAAAAGACGACAGCCUGACAGUAAAGACGCUUACAUUCCCGCCACGCCCUCUUCCUCCGUCAUGAUAUUGGAGAUGAAGUCGAGAGAUUCCUCCUUCGUCAUUGGAUAGACGUUGCUGAUCUUGUUCUGGUGGCCGAUUCCGUAAAACUUGUCAGCGAUAUUCACCAACUCGGGACGGAAAGUUGACGUGAUGAACUGCAAAAAAAAAUACACCACACAAACCCAUUAGCACGAUAAGAA